AUGCGCGAGCCCCGGGCUGGCUUUGCUCGGAACACGGAGUACCUCGAGCCCGCUUCUCCGCAAGUCACCAGGCUGGAAUACGGGGACUUUGACCCCCCUAUCGUCCAGGAUUUUACUGGUCAGAAAGUUUGUGGCGCAUGGCGGCGGCUCCGACAGCUCUGCAGGCACCUCGAAGUGCUGGCCGACCUAAAUCCCCCUCCCGCGGCAUGCUCGCGCUCGACGUGGAUAUGCAGGCGGGGGGCGCCGCAGCGUCUGCGGCAUGCCACAGGCCACUUCAGUGGUUUACUCCCGCUCUCCGAGGCGAGACCCACUUCGCUGUGUGUUCCCAUCUUCCGAAGGGCCUCACCGAGGGCGGGGCCGUCCUGGUCGCCGAUGCACGUCUCUCGCUCGGGCGCACACCGGAUCGAGAUACGCCCGCACGAGGAAGACCCCGACAUGACGUCACCGCCUACGUGCAAUACCGGCACCGAGUAUCUACGCUGCGCGGAACGGCGGCAUCGCCCCACGCCGCGUACUGUAGAAGAAGCAAGCGUGCACGACUCGAUCGCUGCCCCGACUCCGCGCGAGCUCGAAGGCGACCUCUUUCCGCACCUCCGAACGUCCGUCGUCCCUCUCUCCGCGCCCGCGAGCGCUGCUGCAAUGCUCCGCUGUGUCUACUUCGCUUGGCCAGCGAUCUUCGCCUUCCUCGCUCCCAUCUCCUUGGCGUCCGCUGCGGCCCUCUCCCGCGUCCAGGUGAGUGCGCCCGAGUCUUCAUGUGGUUCGACGUCCACUGAUGGACACUUGCUGGCGAAGCGCGACACGAGCGGAGUGUUCGUGUGCAUUGAUAUCGACUGGGGUGGCGAUUGCACGACGAUCCACACGCCGCUUAACCAGUGCAUGCAGUUCGACGAGCAGUUCUCAAAGCAGGUUUCGAGUAUGCGCAGCUUAGACGAACAGACCGACUGCGACGACCCCUCGCUGUGGAUGUUCGACUCAACCGGACACAGCGACGGCGGGAUCCCCGACGUUCCCGAGGGCCAAGGGGGCCCGACGGUAGAUCAGCUCGAGCUCGACUUCAACGACCAGAUGACGGCGUUCGAGUGCUGGAAUAUUUGUUGA